AGUUGCUGUUGGUUCGCCGUCCAAGACACAUCUCAGAAUUUUUGCGGUUUAUCAAUGGUCUAAAAUUAAAGAAAUCGGUUAAAGAUAACUAGUGAUUUUCUAUCCUAAAAAAAAAAGAAUUCGGAUAGCCUAGUACAGCUAGAAAAUCUGCCAGAAGUUGACUGUGAUGAUAUCUCCAUCAAAAUGCUAUUUUCAGUAGCUAACAGUGAGAAUUCGGUGAUAUGGUGACGAUACCCUGCAAUGUGACAGACUUAAUGACAAUAUUUGGGGGUUGAAUAUUUCGUAAAUGAUCCCUAUGUGAAAAGUGCGCUGUAGAAAAUGGUAAUUAAAUGCCAGUCGGUAUUCACUCGUCAUCGGGGUGUCAAUCUGUAAAAGUGGAUCGUUUGAUGAUGACCUAAAUAAACAUAAUUGGACAAAGUUUGCCCGAGCACAGCGACUGUUUAUAAUUGCUAGUGUUCCACCAGGACAAUCCCAAUUGAGCGAAAGCGUGAGGUGAGGUAAAUGCGUGUAGCCAACAUGCCCGCGAUGGACAUGCUGGACUCAGUACCCCUGGCAAAUGAUACCCACAAUGGCACGUGGGUGGCUGACGUCCAAUCGUCGCCAACAAGUGGCUUCACCGCGGACAAUACAACCGAGCCCUAUUCGCUCAAUGCCACACAAACUGACAUCAUCAACAACGAACUCGUUCAAGCCACCUUUUGCCUCCUCUACACCAUCAUCUUCAUCCUAGGCGUCGUUGGUAACCUCUUGGUGUGCUAUGUGGUAUUCAGGAAUAAAGCCAUGCAGACAGUGACAAACUUCUUCAUCACGAAUCUCGCCUUGUCGGAUAUCUUAUUGUGUAUCUUGGCAGUACCUUUUACUCCACUGUACACAUUUCUGAGGCGAUGGGUGUUUGGGGUGGCUCUGUGUCAUCUGGUACCCUUUGCACAGGGCUGUAGUGUCUACAUCUCCACAUUGACCCUAACAGCUGUAGCCAUAGAUCGCUUUUUUGUAAUAAUGUAUCCCUUCCAACCGAGGAUGAAGCUAUGCGUGUGUGUCUGGAUAAUUGUAACCAUUUGGAUGUUUUCAAUUCUGGGAACAUUGCCCUAUGGGCUCUUCAUGAAGAUCAUCACCGUAAAAGAUCAGAAUGCAGAUGUUUCACUUUGUGAGGAAGAUUGGCCAUCUGAACAAUGGCGGAAGGUUUUUGGAGCCUUGACAUCACUUCUUCAAUUUGCAAUCCCUUUGGUGAUUAUCACUUUCUGCUACGUUUGCGUUUCAAUUAAGCUAAACGAUCGUGCUAAAUUGAAGCCUGGUAGUAAGACUUCGAAACGAGAAGAAGCUGACAGAGAUCGAAAGAAACGCACAAAUAGAAUGCUUAUUGCGAUGGUAGCUGUUUUUGCCAUCUCUUGGCUACCGCUCAAUCUCGUCAAUAUCUUCCAUGAUUUUUACUCCAUGGAGGAGGAGUGGCAAUACGCCACGCUGCUCUUCUUCAUUUCUCACUGUGUUGCAAUGUCCUCCACAUGCUACAACCCCUUUUUGUACGCUUGGCUUAAUGAGAACUUCCGCAAGGAAUUCAAGCAGUUAAUGCCGUGUUUCUUCGAUUCUAAUGCCAAUAUCAUGGGCAUAGUUCCAUCGGUCAGUGUAGCCGAGGGCAGAAAUCGUGGCAAGAUGCGAAAUUCUCAGUGUAAUGGCGCCAACAGUGAAGCCAUGCAGGAGAGCCUCUUGCCGCAAAGGACCAACAAUGCAACACGUGAUGCCGGGAAUUGCGUCAAUCUGUCAACUGCAGGAACUGUCGCCUCGUCUACAACCACAACGGCUGCCUCCUCCUCAACAUCAUCGUCGCCACCACCUUAUCCAGCAGUUGUAAAGCACCAUGAUAAGACUUUCCUUCUUCCCAGUGGUGUUUUAGAGACACACUUCGAAGAGAAUCCACUGACAAACAACAAUGGAUAAGCUACACCUUCAAACACUCAUCCGAUUCUGAGAAUUCACAAAGAGGUGCAAUUUUGACACAGCGAAUUUACUGUUUACAAAGCAGCAAAAGAGGGUCAAAAAACAACAAUAUCAGUGUGAGUAAUUUAAACAAUAAGAGGUGUAGUAUUGAACUCUCUCAGCAAAAUUACAAGGAAAUUAUCUUGCUAUGAAUAUAGAUUAAUUUUGUAUAAAAUUGUUAAAAAAAAAUUGUACAGUCUUAUAAAUUUAAAAUGAAUUUGUGGUAAAAGGACACAAAAUUUUUCAGAGCCCCAGAAAAAGUUGGUUUUCUCUAUCAAACUGCUUAUUAUUGUUGCAUGCUGUGUGAGAGAAAAUCAAUUUACAGUGGUGUCUUUUUUGCCACAAAUACCCAGAUUAGUUCUAAAACUCUGUAUUUCUUCAGUGUAGCCUAUUUGAGAAGUGUUAAGCAUUUUAUAAGUUCCUUCCGUUUUGCGAUAAUGCAAUAGAAAUUUAAUUAAUAAAAUCAAUAAAUUAACGAGGGAGAUCAUUUUAAAUAUACAAAUAUAUAUAAAUCUUGAUAAGUGUUUAAAAUGAAAUACAUUGUAAUAUUAGUCAUUUAAAAAUUAUAUCAAAGUUAUAAAUAAUGAGUAGAUUUUAUGUAAUGAAUAUACACGUAUGAGAGUAGAUAUUGAGAAUGUGUGAUAAUAACUUGAUAAACAAUAAAGAAAAACAUUAUUGUUAA